AUGGAGACCACACUAUCGUCCCUGAGCGUUAACGGUCUUAUUUUAAUCCUGUAAGUCGUGAUAAUUUGGAAACGUCCUGUUUCAGAAAACAUGCCACACGUGUUGCUAAAUCCUAAUAUUCUCUAGACUGAUAAAAUCUCCGUAUCUCUUCAGUCUGCCGUUUAGUUUCAGCACCAGUCCUGUUAAGAGAGGAAGACUUCUGUUCCCCAUCUCGAUUUGUCCAACAGACAAGUCCUUACCGGUAAGUAAAGAUAUUUAAACUCAGUAAAACAAUAUUAUGUGAAAAGGGACCUUUCUCAUUAGGUUUGUUAUUUCAGAUUGACGAGAGAAUAGCAUGCCAUGUUGCAAAACAAAACGUUACUGACCACUACAGUACUCCCGUUGAGAGAAUUGUUCAACUCUAUUCAAGAGCCUCAACUGGUCAUGUUCAAAUUAUGAAAACGGGACUAGAUGCUCUGGGUCAGGACGGCUCAAUCUACGGUAAGAGGAUAAAGCAUUACUUAGGUACUUGAGGAUUAAACGGGAAUUGUUGCUCAAAUGCAAACUAUCAAAGGUCUUGAAAGGUUCUCGUAGAAUUUUUUCGCGUAUCGUUUUCUUGAGAUCAGUUUGCUUAUGCUUUCAGAGAAAACAUUAAAAAAAUUUUUCAAAAUAGCGCUACUCAACGGAUAUUACUCGCUAUUGUAUCUGGUAGAAUUUCUUGGGAUUCAUAUUUUGGAUGUAGUUUCUAGAUUAACAUAAAUAUCGUGAUAAUAGUAUUUCGUGAUGGAUGAAAGCAAACGAUCAUAUGGGGACCAUAUGAAAAAUCAGCGCUAUUUGCGAGGGACACGCUAAUAGCAAUAAGCUCUCAAUGUAUUCCUUGAUGUAUUUACCUUGAAAAUUUUUCUCCAUAAGCGUUGCAUUUAGGAAGGUAUCUCGUCUUAAAUGAUCAUUUUUGUGGCUCGUCACUUUUAAUUGUAAAUAUAAUUUCUACACGUAAAGGCGAUAACCUUUCCGUUUCCGUUCUUAGUUCUUUUGAAUAAAUCGUUUUUUAGAACAACCAUCGUAAGUCAGCAGUAUAAGACUGACUGAUUUUUAGACAUUAAAGCUUCAAUUUUUUUCUAGUGAGAUGAAGUGAGAGAAGCUUUGAGAAACUGGCGAGAGUCAGUUGCCAUCGCCGGCUACAAGCUAAAUUCGUGGUUUUAGGGCUGGGUCGUAGCGCCACAGGAAUCGGAACUAAAUGGGCCGCAAAUGCUCUAUACUUUACUCUCUGUUCGUUUCGCAGUUUUUGGCCUUUCAUGACAAAAUCCGGUGAUUUAUUCAUUUAAAAUUACCCACAGGGAUUUUGUGGCUUUGGCGCGGGAUGAAAGAAUAAAAUGGCACAAUUUUUCGACUGAACUUCUCAGCAGACGAUGCGUUCAUCAAAGGCGGUGAAAGCUUGAUAGCAAUGACGCGACGUAAUAUUCAUUUUCCGCGUGUUUCGAUCACAAAAUUAAGCGAAACUGGAAAAAAAAUCAUACAAGCAGGAAUGCCACAAUUUAUCAUUUCCUACGUUAUGUUGGCCCUUGGUUCAUACUCUCUUAAGGUUAUUUAAUUAUUUACGUCCGUAAUAACGUAAAUUAGCAAAUGUGAUUGUCCAAGAUCUGUUUUUUGGAAAGUAAACUAUCUAACAGUGUUUUAGUAUAAAAUUUCCUCGCUGAUGAGUAGUGCCGUUAUCAUUGUUUUUUCAGCUUGUAGCUUCGCUAAUUGUCCCGCGUAAUGGAACAUGUGAGAUGUUAUUUUUGUGGGUUUAGUGUAUUAAAAAUUCUUUUUAGCCUUGACAUUAUUUUCUAAUUUGGUGGGUCAAUGCGUCGUGAGACAGGUUGCGUUGAUUAGCGGUAGUUUGGUCGGCUUUAUUUGAUACUUGAAGUAGAGAUACAAAACAGCUUUGCAACUGGCAUGGUGCCUCUAACAAUUACUGAACUUGGAAGUAUCCGCUAAUUUUUGCUUGAUUGACAUUACCCUGAAAAGAGUGGGUCAUAAAUUGCCAUCCUAGAGCUAAUAAUAAACAAUUACAAAAUGGAGUUUAAGGGUAGGACUUGAAAAAUUCAGCCUUUCAAAUCAUCUUUUCCGAUGUAAAUGCUUUAUCAAAUCAUUAAAGCUUCGUGUUUGCGGGAUAAGUCAACCAUUCCUAAUUUUCUGCGUAAGUUAGAGGAAAUUCAGUAGAUCGCUAAGUACCGACGUUACUAUUUGUGUGGAUAAUGAGAGAGUUAACAGUCAGUUGCCGUUAUUAUUACGGUAGGUCAGACCGUAAGAAUAAGGAUAAGCAAUGAAGAGGGCGGAAAAAUAACAAAAAUAUCGAACACUUAUCUUGUUGAUGAUUCUGUUGGUGAUUUUUACAAGGCUCUUCUCUCUGUUUGUGUUUCAUUCUCAUUUCCUGUUUUUGCUCACGUUUUCAUGAUAUUCUUUACCUGCUGUGCUAACAAAGCUCUGGCAGAAUUGGUUUCAAAAAAGCAUAAAGACAAAGCCAAAUCCAGUUGCAAAGGUUUUGUUUGUAAACAUCGGCCUAAGGACACAAAGGAGCGGAAUUGGUUCGGUAGGGUUGAGAAGAUUUCCAGAUAUUUCACCGCCCCCCCCCUCCCCCCUCCAAUUUUAGUGCCGCUUUUUUCGAUAAAAUAUGUGGAACAUGUCAUGACAUUUGCUCAGUACUUCUUCGCUUCUUCGCAGAGUUAGUUGUCACCUUCUUGUAUUCAGCAUUUUUGACGAAAUCAAACGGCGGGGUCUUUAAACCAUUGAAAUUUCUUCGUUCAGUGAGACGCCAUGUUUCUCAUGGGUUUUUAAUUUUGUUGGCGAAGUUUGAAGUUACUCACCUCUGUGACAAAAUGUAAACUACACCUCGACUGGAUGUCUGAUAUCCAUAUCGAUCAGAAACGAAGCUUUUGUCUUUUUUUAUCUUUUUUGCAUACUUUUUUUGCAACGUUUUUAUUUCAUCACAUAACUUUAACAAUUCACCAUAUUGCAAGAAAACUUUUCGGUAGUUCGUGCAGUGAAUUACUCAUUCUUUGAGUUUUCCGGGAAGAACUUUUUUCUGGUUCGAGAUGGCUGUAAAUCUCUGUCAGGAACUAACUUUUAAAAUCACCUAUUCAUAAUAAUUAACAAGAAUAAAAAGUUUUUUUUUUUCAGCUUUACAGAAGGAAGCGAUACACAUUAUUUCUUAUGUGGGAAAUUGUGUUUCGUGCUAUUCAUGUACAGUUAUUUGUUGUUAGUCUAAUUGUUCCGCAGUUUUUUCUGAGAUGUGUUCCUGUGAAUUGGCCGCAGAAACUACCUUUGAUUAAAACAAAGUGAAUAUCUGCUUGGCCACCGAAACUUCUUCCGUUUUCUCAAUCUGCCAGUUACUUCUCUGGACGAAUUUUUGAUACUAAUGCAGAGCUAGUUCCAGCAUUUUCGUGUAACUGUUCAAUCAACAUCGACUGAUUGGUGCAAGCUUUUUCCAGUUGGCAUUCUGAAUGCAAUGUUAAAAACAGUGUGAGAGCUAUUUUUGGGCCAUAUGUUUCGUCCUUAAAGUAAGUGUUUGACACAUACUUGAAGGAAAACUACUUCCUCAGUUAUCGUUAGCUAUAUCGUUACUAUCAGAGUCUUAUUGGCUGGUGGCAAUCAACAGUUGAGUUCUUGAGUCUUACCAAACGCUGAAUCAAUUUUGCAAGUUGCGGAUAGAAUGGUAGAUGUUUAGUGUCUUUCCUAUAGUUGAAGACUUUCCUCAUUUAAGGAUUUCCCCUAGCCGACCGCACAGUCAGACAGAAUGUGAAAACUCCCAGUAAACUGGAGCCAUCUUGUUGAGUCGAACUUGAAAAGCGUUGUGAUUUGUAUAUUGAGCAAUUAUGAUGAAAACAAUGAUUCUCCUUGUCAAAAGUAAGCAUGUUAUGAGUCCACUACAAGGUCUCGCUCCUUCCCUAAGCUGCUCGAGAGAUAUAAUAUCUUGACGCAUAUCUUUAUUUAAUUAUGUUACAGCCCCGUUUUCUUCACGUUUGUUUUUGAAGCCCUCAUGUUAUUAUUCAUUUGUUCACUAUAGCGAGACUGGUGCUGGAGUCCGACAACUUUGGACGGAUAAAGAUCAAAAGGGAGAAAACAAACCGCUACAUCUGCCUGAGUAAAAAAGGAGAUCUCGUCACCAGGGUGAGGCUUGAUUCGUUUAUAACCUUUGCUCUAUUUCAUUGCGCUAGUGUUGUUACCAUUCGACAAUGAAUAUGCAACUGAGAAACAUAAUAAGUAUCGUUCUCGGUCUCUACUGAUUGUAAUAUUUUUGAACGAAUUUACUUAGUGUCAUGACUUUUUUCCGUCAUUUUAUUUAUCAGUUCAUUGUGUUGAUCAGCCUUAUUAAAGUUAGAUACCGGGGUAUACUGACGGCCGAAUCGGUUUUUGGACUAAAAUACUGACGAGAAGGAGAAAAUGGAUAUUAGUUACUUAGUUUCACAGGGACUGUUACAUGGAAGAGUAAUAUAUACAAUCGAGCGAUAAAUUCAUGGACUCGAAAGUUUACGAAAUCCUUUCAAUUGCUAUACCCAACGCUCGGAAGAAAUUUGGAAGCCUGAUAAAGACAAGGACUUUCGUUUCGGUUUCAAACAAAAAAAACUUUAUUAAGGGUAUACUUUUUUCAAGAAAUUCCUCCAACAUUAGUGAAGAACGCUAGAUUUUCGUCUAAAAUGAAAUAUCAAAGCAAAAUAUGUUCAUUCUCUCUUUUUUUGUAAUAAUGUUUAAACAACAGUUACAUUGACUGUGAUAACUCUUUUUCCCUAGAUAGCAAUCUCAGAUCUUCUCAGCGAAUUAUCAACGACAAGCACUCAUUUAAGGUCUUAUUCUAAUAACAUUCUCUGUAGUACUCUGGUGAAGUUGUUCACUCCUUCUUUGUCACUAGUAAGGGCAAUCUUCAGUAAAUAUAACUGUCCAACAUUUAAAAUUCAGCGUAGCAUUUUUGCAUUUCAGAUCUGAGAAGGUUUUAAUUCUUUGUUUCGUCAACGAUUUGCUUGAAAACUGCGGGUUUUUACAAGGUUCAGUUUAGCCGAAUUCCGCUUAAACCGAAAAAAAACCAUUUUAACGCCUUUUUCGCACUCGAAAUCGACAUGAAAUGUUCAGUGUGAACUAUUAGAGCGAGAAUUGAGACGCCUCGAUUGUGCUCUGAUUUUUCCUUGUGGGUCACGUGACUACAUACACUGAUAUCUACCUCCUGCAUGCAUUACAGUAGUUAAGAGCACCGUCUAGGUUUCUUCAAUCGUUAAUCAAAAUACUGUGAGAUCGGAUUAUUUCUCAGUGCUUUGUCUUUUGUGUAUUGUAGCUGUUUAUUGAACUGCCCGGAAACAACUUUUUCAGGUGAUUUUUGCCCACAGUAAACCCACGCACGUUUAUUGCUCUUUUUCUUUUCAUUUCGUACGAUUAAAACUUCGUAUUUUGCACAAAGGAAAUACAUUGAUUCAAGAAUACUAAGAGAAGAUGAAGAACAAAACGACAGGGCCAUGCUGACAUCUUAUUACUAGAGGUUAAAGUAGGCCAGGAACGUCCACGCUAUUUUAGUUUUUAGCGAGGCUGAGAAAAAGAGAUACUUCGGUGUAUUUCAUAAAUGAACUCAUUCUACUCUUGCAACCUAGAUUGCGCAGCAUGCACCAGGUAUACCCCUCUUUUUUUAAGUGAUUAAAGUACGACUCAGGCUCAGUUUUACCAUGUAUUUUCAUUUUUCCCUCGCAUAUUUAGGGUAGAGUUUAAAACAUCAAGAUUAUGUUGUAGUUUUAGAUCAACCAAUAGAAAUAUUUAAACACUCGACCAAGUCCAAUCAUCCAAUGGCCAUUGUUCGUUACGUGUAUGGAAACUUUUACUGCUGUAAUGAUUGUUAAAUUUAGUGUAAGUGGAAAACAAGCUGAGCGCACUAUCAAUUUUUUCCCAGAUCGAUAUCGUAGAAGUUUAAGUACAAUUUAGAUAAAUAAAUCAAUACGAAAGCUAAUCUAAGCGAGUAACCGAGAUAUCGUGCAUUGUUACACUACUAAAAUUCGUUUCUAAAGUAGUAAAGUACAGCUCUGUAGAGAGGUAAUAUAGCACCCGAGUCUAGAAGCGCAAACCUUUGCAUCACCUUUCGCGCGUGAAACACGAUCUAGAAAUGCCUGGGACGUCAUUGCACAUGUUCCAGGCGGGAGAUUUCAUCACGAACUUAACAUUUUUUUGGCGCUGGAAAUAUUUCUGGAAGAAUACAAUGGAUUCCUCCAUUUCUCUGCACGGGAUGCUAUUCAUGUUAUGUAUACCACAGCCAAAAUGUUCUCCCACGGAGUUGAGCGUACGUCACGCUGCGCGGUAAGAUGUACCUCACGAAGGGUCCAAGGUUUUGUGAAAACAAUAUGGUGAUGUGUUACUCUUAUCGACAAUACAUGAGGCAGCCUUUUGUACUUUUCACAAAAACCCUUCAUAUUACUGAUAGAAAUUAAAUGAAAGCUUAACUACAACGUGAUGACCAUUCUCAAGUCUGGUUUAACUGAUGCUCAAUCUUUUCAAUUAAAUCAUUUUUAAUCGCACACGGUUUUGUUUUUUUUUUUCUAUUUCGCGACUAUGUUUGGCAGAGGGCGCACCAACUUUAGAUUGGAGUCCAAUAAAAAUCAAAAGCACGUUUAUUGAAACACCAGUCCUCUCUUUAAUCUUUUAGUUGGGAUAAAAACUCGCAAAAAGCAGCUGGAAACAAUGGUUGAAGGGAAAAUUGACCAAAGUAAUAGACAAACAAACAAACAUAGUGUGUUCAAUGACUUUAAUAAUUGGUUAAAGACCCGUUUGUGAUGCUUAACUUGUCUGAAGCAACCAUAUUUUAUUAUUUUGGAUUUUAAACGAUCAGUAAUAUAACGUCUGUUGCCCUGUCCAUUAAUUGUCUCUGGCUGCCGGACUCACAAAAUAGUUCACAGCUUACCGCUGGCAAUCAUUCAUUAUGAUCUAUCACAUCAAGACAUCACGCGAAACAUGUCUGAACUGUAUAGAGACUUACAAGCUUACUUGUACCUGCUGCAAAAAUGAGGAUUCAAUAAGUUAGUAAAGGUCAAACUGGAGUAUUUCGUUGUACAUUGACCAGUCAUUGUUGUUGGUCUUCUAAUGUCGUGUUGCUACCUAAUUCCUCGAUGUCUACCUUCGUAGGGGUUCAGUCUUUGACUAAAUCAUUAAUUACUACCUUGUUUGUCCUCAAAGUUGCGGUGUGAAACUAAUUAUACCACCAAGAAUAAUUUCUGUCAACGGGUAUUGGAAGUUGAAAGUACAAUAUCGUUGCAAUGUUUAGCCAAUUUGCACUCAAAAACACCGUUUCAGAUAAAACUAAUUGACUGAAGAUGGAGAUUUUUUUCUGUGGCGUCCUUUAUUUCUACUGCACUCUAUGUCAAAAGACUAAUGUCGUCGAGAAAAACUGAUGAAAAACGAAAGAAAAUAUGAAUUAGAACCCGGCUAGAUCGAAUUAGAAUAUUCAACUGCAAUUGACUCUGCUGCUUUACUCUGAACUUACAGCCGCAAGAACCCAACGUUCAGACUCCUUCAAGUAAUCCCAUAUAUCAAGCAAAGCACCUAAAUAAAACAGUUAUCUCGAAGCUAAUAAUUUCCACGAUUUAUGUUUAUAAUCAGUAUUCACACCUUGUUUGAAUCAAAAUCCGACAAACGCUCGACUAAGUCUUUUGCAAAUCUGUACCUGGCCGAUAACAAAAUCCACCCCACACACCAAGCGGUGAUAAUUAUCAAAUUUCGUUUCUAGAUAUCCUAGUGAAGCUGUAAAAGUUGGUUACCAGGGUUAAUCGGUUGUCGUCACAUUUGCUAUUUUCAGAAUUUCGUGAGUACUGCCUCCUCCAAAUGUUGAUUAACUUACUGUAUUACAAUGGCAUGCGAUGCUGGGAACCUUCCAUGAGCGAGCACGCUAUCAGUGGCGCAACAUGUGGGAAUAUUUGUAUUGAUUAUUAUUGAAUAUUGGUAGUGUGCAGUAAAUAUCUAGAGGUGUUUACAUGUGCUUAAGUAAGAGCGGCAAGUUGAUUGGCUGAGCUACCGGACACCGUGAGCCUCUUUCUCAGAUAAGCCAUUGCCUUAUAAUGAAUUCCUAAAGCUUCUACUUCAGCACACUUCUAUAAUACCAUAUCAGAAGUGAUAGUUAUUUCAAACUUCAGCCCUGUCAACUAUGACCUACUUUUGUAAGAGCAAAGAAUAUAAGAGUAUCGCAACAUAAGAUUAGAACCCUUGAGCAGUUGUGUCCUUACCCUAGAUGAUAAUUAUUCCGGCCCUGGUCACAGGGCAGAGUCUUCGGUUAAAUCGACGACCAAACAACCGUUUUUAGAGAACAUAAUUCGUUAGGAAAUUUGGUGUGUCAUAGUUGUCUCCUUCUUACAUGUCUCUUUCAUAACUUGAAAGUAAUCUCGAUUCCCCACCGGCUUAAACUUAAAUUACCAUCCCAUUCCAACUUUACCCAAGAUAUGAUGUUAUUGUCUUAAUUAAAGGGUAAAAAUGGCGGAAGAAUAUCUCCACAUUACUUUGGGAAAAAUUUAUAUUCAGCAUUUCGCGUGUAACUCACCUUCCUGCUGUUACUUGGUUAAUUAAAUCAGCAGAAAGGCAUUUCUUCCCGAACGACUUGAACUGAGAAAAAUUUGCAGAGUGUGAAUAACUACGAGCCAUGACAAUCUGCUUUGCAAGCUCUGGUUAAGUGGGUCAUUCUUUUCUCACCUUCCUCUCAAAGAGGAAACACAGUUUAUUCUAGAAAUUAGUCCAAGAGGGCCCCCUUCUUUAAUUUUAGGGGGGGUCCUUUAUCAAGAGUGGGGUCCAAAAGAUGGGGGUGGCCAAAAGGUGUUUGAACUUAUUUGUAUAGUCUGGUCAAUAAGGAAACGAAGAAGAGAAAGACAAUAGAAACAGCAAGAGGCUACAAAAGUUCGAAGUGGCGAUGGUUACUGUCAGAUCAAUCUUGUUACCAUAAGACCUGCAGAUACUUUAAAAUAACAAUAAUUAAAAAAACACAAAACGAAACAGAAACAAACAAAAAUAGCAUUUAAUAUGUACUUAUCCUUGUGCACAACUUUUUGGGCACAACUUAAUUAAUUAUUUGUUUUAAUAAUGUGUUGUUUCACCGUGAAUUGUCCAGGUGAAGAAGCAAAAGUUUGCCGCAAUGAGAAGAUGCAUUUUCAAUGAGGAGAUGACAAGCGAUGGUUACUUUCAGUACAAAUCAGUCAAGUAUCCACAAUGGUACAUCGGUUUCUCCAAAGGAGGACGCCCUAGGCACGGAAGUAGGAGUGCCAAGCGAGCAAUAUACCGCCAUUUUACAAUAAGAAACACACCAGACAGAAGACACACCAGGAGAGUGGCCAGAAUUAAAAGAAUUAUCAUCAAGUGGCUCAGAAAGAGGUUAAGGAGGGCUUAAUCUUUUAACUCCCAAGGUCUGAUAAGCAAUUCUUUCUUUUGGCUGUUAUACAUCUUCUUUUGAAAUAGUUCAGAGAAUCUGGUAUCAUGUUACCCUAACACCAUCUGGUGGAAACGUUUGUCUAUUCUCAUCGUCUGUUUGAUGGAUAAUUUAUUGAUACUUAAAGGAGAAACUAUAUCUUAACUACUUCUGUGAGCUCUGAGGGUACCAGUAAUGCUCAACCUGGAGCAAACAAAGCAUGUACAUGCUCAAGACAUUACCAAAACCGAUGGAGAACAACUUCGUUUGGAACGAAGGGAAAAUUGAAGUGAAUCAAUUUCGCGUGUAAUCGAGUUCAGCUCUGUAAAGGGUAGUACUUUUGACAGUUUGAUAGCGUGACUCAUGGUGUAAGAUUAAUUGUAGGACUCUUUAAAGACGGAGAUUCUUGAGCUCUUCUCGAAAGACUUAUGUAGUUAGUAUGACCAUAAUCAUCACGGAAAACGGCUUACACCAGUGUUACUUUAAGUCUUUUAUAAUCUUAAAAGGAGAUAGUGUAGGAAUAAUGUACAUAAUUAUACCUUUUGAAUUACUUUUGAGAAUAUUCACGGUAAUAUUUUUGACUGUGGAAAGGCAAAAUUAAGGAAUACGAGAUGAACGUUCUAGACCGAUGUUGACCCUGAAACGUGUCCGUUUGGUUGAUUGUAAUUACCCUUUCAUACCUAAGAGGUAAUUUAUGAUAUUAUGAUAACCCAGGAAAGUUCUAGACCGAAGUUCCAAUCGAAACAUUGAGGUUCGCUCGCGCUAAAACGUAUCAGAAUGCUUUUGAAGAAUUUUUUUUGUUUCUUUUCACCCAAACUUGUCAGUGAUAAUGGGGGGAAAUCUGACGUUUGAAAAAUAUUUAAUCUCUGUCAAGGUAUUUAUGUUUUUUUUUUUUCUUUUAAGUGAAAUAGCAGUUUAGGUAAAGUUUAAAGAUGCGUCAGUUUAAUGAGUGAUUGCUCCAUGUUAAUGCUUCUUCGAAGCUGUAGUCAAGAUCAACUAUUACAAAAACAGAAGAGCUAACUACAUUUAAAGGAAAAUGGUGGUAAUGUGUCGAUGAAGUUAAAUCAUGCAAACAAAGGGCUCAAUGUUGCUAGUCCCAUUUAUUUUAACGAGGCGGUUAGCCUUCAAGCACCAUGCAGUUAUAUAUUAGAAAACUCGCAAUUUCGGUGUUGUCAGCGGUAUGAGAAAGCAAACGGAAACUCUUAUCUGUAAUUAGUCCUUGAGUCCAUAUGGAGUGCUUUUUAGAAUCUACCUAGCAAAAUGAGACGCAGUAUUCGUAUGAUCAACAAACUGAGGACCCUUACGCCAGAGCGUAAACUUGAUAGAAAAGAGCGUUUCAGUCAUCGCUUUUCAUUGGGCCAUUCCUUAAUUCAACGCGCCUACUAAGUCCAAGGCUACAAAAUUUAGAGAAGAGUGAAGCUGGUUUUUGAUCAUAAGAAACUUAUGAAGUCGUCCAGAUUUACCUGUGCUUCAAAUGUAAUAUGAUGUCUAUCACUUUUUUGGGUUUCAUCCAAAUCUCGUAAAUCACUGUUCAUGUAAGCCGUGUCACGUGACGUCUCGAUAUGAUAAUGAAACCAGGCGUACCCAUGACACGGCACGUGAAAUCUAAGGCCUAAAAGCUGAAUUAUUGGCGCACCGACUGCUCAUUUCUCUUCAGGUCUUUGAGAUUGUGUGGGGAACCCCAGCUUCUGCAGCCGCUACCCCAGGUUACACUGCACGCAUCUCUUUCCGUUGGCGGCCAAGGCAGAGAGCAGAAGCGGCAACCCAAUACAGUCCAGUGCCUGUCUUUAUUUCAUUUCGAAAAUACGAAGCUGUAAAGAUUAUCGUG